AUGACCAUCUCUUUUACAGAUGAGGGAUCUGAGUCUAAUCAUCAUGAUGAUCAACCUGACUUUGCCCCACUGUCCUCAACUGUAUCAGAUGAGGAUUCGCUCCCUCAGUUUCAUCCACAAGAAGAGGUUGCUCUUGGCCCCCAGACCCUAUCUGCAACAGACCAAGACAAACGAGACAGGCAGCCCUUCAGUUGUUCUCAUUGUGGAAAAGAUUUCAAGAUGAAAUGUUUAUUGAAUAAACACCUUCGGACCCAUUCAAAACCCUAUAGCUGCUUGCAGUGUGGGAGAUGUUUUAGCUUGAAGAGGAGGCUUGAGGAACACUCCAUGACACAUUCUGGAGAGACACCCUUCAGUUGUGCCGAUUGUGACGCAGUGUUUCGCCAGAAACCUGCUUUGCAGUCACACAUGAAGCGUCACAAAACGAAGAAAACGGUCGCAUGCACAGUUUGUGAAAAAAAGUUUCUAGGGGAAACAGGACUAGAGAGGCACAAGUGUAGUAGUGAUGCACAGAAGACAUUCAGCUGCUCUCUUUGCCCGAAGACCUUUAAGUGGAGACGAAGACUGGUUGAUCACGAGGCUACGCAUUCAGGGGAGAGGAAGUAUUGCUGUGAAACCUGCGGCAAACUUUUCUUUACCACUUCAACCUUAGCUGUCCAUAAGAGGAGUCAUAUAGAAAAGGAUCAUAGCUGUACUUUAUGUGGCCAAUGUUUCAGCGAUGCACCUGCUCUCAGAAAGCAUAUGGUGGUCACCCAUCCUGGAGAAACAAAAGAAAAAUAUUUUGUCUGCGACGUGUGUGGCAAAUGUUUUGGUCGAAAGUGCCAUCUCAAAAGCCAUAUGACUCUACACGGGGCAGAGAAACCUUUUUCUUGUGAUGUUUGUGGAAAAAAGUUUAGUCAAGGUGCUAAUCUCAGCAGACACAAGAGAACUCACACAGGCCAGAAAUUAUAUUGCUGUGAUGUUUGUGGUAAACGGUUCACCCAGUCCGGAACCCUAAAGAUCCAUAAAAUAAGGCACACUGGUGAAAGGCCUUACAAGUGUGAUGUCUGUGAGAAAGCCUUCUUUGAACCUUCCUCCCUCCGGAGUCACAAGAGGCGUCACCUUACACUUCAGGAAAAGCUGCGGUCUGGCCCAAAGCUGCAGUCUGCGCCAAUUCAGCCGUCUGGGCCAAAGCCAUAUGUCUGCAAUCACUGCGGUAAAGCCUUCUAUGUGAAAGUUUCUCUGGAUCAGCAUGUGCGCAUUCACACAGGAGAGAAACCAUUCAAAUGUGACAUUUGUGGGGAAGGUUUUAGGUAUCAUCAUUCACUUAAAAUUCACAAGGUCACUCACACAGGGUUGAAACCAUAUUACUGUAAAGUUUGCGGGAAAGGUUUUAUGUACAAUUUCCUUAAAGUUCACAUGCGCACUCACACAGGCGAGAAACCAUUUGAGUGUGAUCAAUGUGGUAAGAGGUUCAGCCAGAAAGGUCAUCUAAAAUCUCACGAGCGUGUGCACACUGGUGUCAAAGCAUUUGUGUGCAAAGACUGUGGGAAUGCCUAUGCCUGUAGACACAAUCUGAAAGUCCACAAGUGCAAGUACAACUGGAAACCAGCUCCUGGAAACAGUGCAGAGGAUUACUGAAGAAACAGGUCUAAGAUGAAUGGCACAGGGCCUCUGAAUAAUAUGGCAGUGUGAAAAUGUUGGUACUCAAGAACUUACUAAACUAAAAACAUUGAAAACCCCUUGAGGUUAUGUUGAAAAAGUGACCUGUGUGACAUUGCGCCGUAGGAAAAAUAAAAUGUUUUACAAUUACAGUUAGCUUUGGGCUCUUAAAGUACAUUUUAAUAAACCUCUAUAGUCAAAAUUCUCUUCAUGAAUGUUUAUACUUAACGAGUGUUAUUGUUUCCCUUUAACCUCAGUUUGCACAGAUCUUCCUUUCUUAGCAUAUCAGAAGAUAAAAUCACUCAAACUUAUGGGUGAACUGGGAGAGGUGAACUGGGAGAGCGCGAUGGUCCUCUUUUGAUGAACUGAUACAGAGCCAGGUGAUUCACGUGCCAAGAAUAUAAAAGUGUAUGUAUCAGCAGCUGGCAUUUGGCUUUGGUAACACUUUCUGAACACCCUCUUCUUCAUUUUUGUCAGCUCACAAGAUCUGCAUUUUUCAGUGUUUGUUUUAAAUACUUAUGACCAAUGUGGUAUGUUUAAUGUUCAAACAAAUUCCACAAAAAUAAAUGCCCUUGAUAGGACCGCAUUAGGUGUCCUAUAAUAUAACAUGCUCUUUAUUUUACUGUCAAUGGUGGGAACAUUGCUGCUCGCUUGCUUGUUUUCUAUCGGACAAUAAUACAGAGUGGGACCGGAAACAUUCGACAGCGGAUAAGAGGCGCUCUGUAAUUCCGCCAGCAAGAACAAGCCAAUUCAUGCUUUAUCUGAAAAUAUGGUCGGAGACGCCGUAUGGAUGAUGUGACGCAAUUGCGGUGCCUCUGAAGGCACGCAGAAGCCAAAUUGAGCUCUGGACCGCAUCGCUGUGCGCCUCGCAAGUUUUGUAACAAUGCGGAGGGCUCUGUAUAGCUCCGCAUUGACAUGAUUGGUUGGCGGGAGGUCCUGUAUAAACACAAACUCACUUCCUUCACAACAGCUCUGCUGCUCGGCGAAGCGCAAAAAGUAUGAAUGCCCUGACUUCUGCAGAGGCCAUAUCACCGUAAAUGCUGCACGGCCAAUGCAGACGUCAGAAUGACCACGUAGCGCCUUGAUAAGGCCGUGACCUCGGCGAUUUCCCUUCAAAAUAAAAGUCCCGCAAUGACGAUGCAAAACGGUUAUAAAAAUGUUCGAAAUUCGUAACAUUUUAUUAGGAAAUGUUAGUAGACUUAAAAUGUUGUUUAACAAUAUCAAAAAAGUUAAUAGCCUUAAUAGCACAAAUAAUGUUAUAGCAUUGACUACAACAUUAAUAUGAAUGAUUACUAGAUAGUUAUGGUAACAACAGUAAUACAAAUAACAAAACAUUAAUUUAUAAUGCUACUGUUAAUAGUAAUAACGAUAAUAGUAAUGCUGUAAUUAUAAUCAACUUUAGAAAACACAUUUAAAUGCCAUUGUUUUUCAACCCAUUGGUAUUGCAUGAUGUUCAGUACAUUUUUCAUAUUGGACAUGCAUAGCCUAUUGCACCGUACACCAUUUUCUGUACGUUGUGUCACAGUAAAGGGGGGGGGGGGGGGGGGCAGGAAUUCUACUCAGGAGCAUUUCUAGUUUCCAAGUACAGAGUUUACACACAGAGGAGCAUUGCUGCUCAUUUUGUGGCCCAUAAAGAGUGGCCAAUCAGCAUUUUUCAUAUUGGUCAUGUAAAUUGCAUCGAACACAAUUUCCUGUAUAUGGUGUCGCUGUGAUAGAGGGGUAUUUUGUACUCAGGAGCACUUCUGAUUUCCAAACCCAGAGUUUACAACCCCAAGGUUGUCAUUGCUAUUAUUGUGGGAAAUCAGCUUAAAUCCAAAUAUUUGCAUAUUAGAUAUAGGUUUUAUUUACACGUACGUGUGCAUAGGGGAUCCCUAUGACAUGCAUUGACUCCUAAUGAGCAUAUAUUUUUGGAGGUGGAAAAAUAUGAGAACACAAUAGCUUGAGCUGUAACCAGGAUCCAUGCGACUGUCGUUUCAAAACGUUGGCUUUUAUGCAGUGAUCCAAACCACUAAAUGCAGUCAUAUGUUGUAUGCUACAGGUGGCUAUGGUACAGCCUUAGACCGAGGUGAUGGAAACCUAGGCUAUAAUAGGCUUCAUAAUUCAUUUUUGUUUGUAAAGCAAGCAGUUUUUGGCAAGCACACUGUUGGAAUUGUUUAUUUAAAUGUGUAAAAGGCCCAACCUUUCGAACCUUCAAUAGGAUAAUCUAGCUAAUUAGACGGGCAUAUCUGUUAGCGCUUCAUUAAACGUCAAACCAUAUUUCCAUUGUGUCUUAGUUUCCAUCUCAAUAAAGUCGGUCGUUAAGCAAAUCACCUGUUGAUGGUCAGAAUUUGGCACCAUUAAGGCAAGUCAGAAACAUGUUCAAGUCUUGUGUGGAAGCAAUGUUGUAUUUAUAAUUGGAAACAAACCAAAAGUAGCCAAGCGCUAAAAAGUAUUUAUGUGAAACGAAACAAACAUUUACCAAACCACAUCAAUUUAUUUUUCCACAUUUUGUUGUGUUACAGCCUGAAUUUAAAAUGGAUUACAUUUAGAUUUUUUUGUCACUGGCCUACACACAAUACCUCAUAAUGUCAAAGUUUGAUUGUUUUUUAAAAAUCUUUACAAAUGAAUUAAUAAUGAAAAAUGAAAUGUCUUGAGUAUUGAAGCCCUUUUGUUAUGGCAAGCCUAAAUAAGUUCAGGGGUACAAAUGUGCUUAACAAGUCACAUAAUAUGUUACAUGGACUCGGUGUGCAAUAAUAAUGUUUAACAUGAUUUUUGAAUGACUACCUCAUCUCUGUACCCCACACAUACAAUUAUCUGUAAGGUCCCUCGGUUGAGCAGUGCAUUUCAACCACAAAGACCAUGGAGUUUUUUCAAUGCCUCGCAAAGAAGGGCACCUAUUGGUAGAUCCCUUUGAGCAUGGUGAAGUUAUUAAUUACACUUUGGAUGGACACCCAGUCACUACAAAGAUACAGGCGUCCUUCCUAACUCAGUUGCCGUAGAGGAAGGGAGUUCACCAUGAGGACAAUGGUGACUUUCAAACAGUUACAUAUUUGAAUGGCUGUGAUAGGAGAAAACUGAGGAUGGAUCAACAAAAGUAAUACUGCUAAAAAUGUGGCAAAGCAAUUAACUUUUUGUCCUGAAUACAAAGUGUUAUGUUUGUGGCAAAUCCAAUACAACACAUUACUGAGUACCACCCUCCAUAUUUUCAAGCAUGGUGGUGGCUGCAUCAUGUUAUGAGUAUGCUUUUAAUUGUUAAGGACUAGGGAGUUUUUCAGGAUAAAAAAAGAAAUGGAAUAGAGCUAAGCACAGGCAAAAUCCUAGAGAAAAACCUGGUCAGUCUGCUUUCCACCAGACAUUGGGAGAUGAAUUCACCUUUCAGCAGGAUAAUAACCUAAAACACAAGGCUUGCUUACCAACAGUGAAUGUUCCCAAGUGGCCGUGUUACAGUUUUUACUUAAAUCUACUUGAAAAUCUAUGGCGAGACCUGAAAAUGGUUGUCUAGCAAUGAUCAACAACCAAUUUGACAGAACUUGAAUAAUUUUUUUAAGAAUGGGCAAAUGUUGCACAAUCCAGGUGUGGAAAGCUCUUAGAGACUUACCCAGAAAGACAGCUGUAAUCGCUGCCAAAGGUGCUUCUACAAAGUAUUGACUCAGGGGUGUGAAUACUUAUGUAAAUGAGAUAUAUCUGUACUUCAUUUUCAAUACAUUUGCAAACAUUUCUAAAAACAUUUUGUUCACUUUGUAAUUAUGGGGUAUUGUGUGUAGAUAGAUGGAUGAGGGGAAAAACAAAUCUGUUUAAUCAAAUUUGAAUUCAGGCUGUGACUCAACAAAAUGUGCAGUAAGUCAAGGUGUAUGAAUACUUUCUGAAGGCUCUGUAUGUCUGUUCAGACAGGAGUAAUAUGAUUUGGGCGAAAUAAUGUAUAUUUAUCAGGGGAUGCUGCAGCACCCCUAUUUCCCGCGGCUAUGAGUAGCAACACAAAAAGUAGCAGUAAAGGGUGAGUGUAUGUAUUGUUGUGUUCCCAGUACCCAUUUAAAACAGAACAUUUCUAUUUCCUGUGUAACAUAAAUAAUAGCACAACACUACAUUUGUUGUUGUUGCUACAGUCAGAUGAUUUAUCUAACUGGUUUCUUCUGCAUGUGCACAGCAACAACCACAAUGACCCUCUCUGUUACAGAUGAGGGAUCUUCUUCUGAGUCAGAUUAUCAGGAGGAGGAUUCUAGCCUUGCCCCCCUGUCCUCACUUUCAUCAGAAGAUGGAUGGCUCCUUGAGUUUGAUCCCAGCGAGGAUGCUGACCUUGACCCUCAGGCCCCAUCUGGAUCAGACCCAGACAAACAAGACCCAGGUAGGGAUGGAGAAGAUCUCCAACGUGGGGACGUGGCCAAUGAGGGGCCCCUCAUCUGUUCCCAUUGUGGAAAAUGUUUCAAGAAGAAAUGGUUGACAAGACAUCUUCAGUCCUAUACAAAACCCUACAGCUGCUCGCAGUGUGGGAAAGGUUUUUAUUUGGCCAAACAGCUUGAGGAACAUUCCAUUAAACACCUAGAGAAAACCUUAAGUUGUACCGAUUGGGAUGCAAUGUUUUGCCAUGAAUGUACUUUGCAGUUACACAUGAAGGGUCACAAAACAGAGGAGACUGUCACAUGCACAGUUUAUGAAAUAAAGUUUGUAGGGAAAAAAUACUUGAGGCACAGGUGCAUUGUAUGGAAGACAUUCAGCUGCUCUUUUUGCCCAAAGAUCUUAAAGUCCAGAGAAGGAUUGGCUUAUCACGAGGAAACGCAUUGAGGAGAGGAAGUAUUGCUGUGGAACCUGCGGCAAGAUGUUCUUUACCGCUGUGUCCUUAAAAAAACAUGAUUACUUGUAA